UGAAGAGCAAUACUAGUAUUGUUGAAAGUGGUGAUGUGCCUUCAUCGAUUUCACCAGCAUUCAAUGAUGUGGUUAGCUUGUGGAGAGGUGAUAUCACCAGGCUGGAGAUUGAUGCAAUUGUCAAUGCAGCGAACAGUUCUUUGCUUGGUGGUGGCGGAGUGGAUGGAGCUAUUCAUAGAGCAGCAGGUCCUUUUUUAAAAGCAGAAUGUCAAACGUUAAAUGGUUGCCAAACUGGAGAUGCCAAAAUCACUGGAGAUGUUAUUCAUACUGUUGGGCCUAGAGGUGAAAAAUCAGAGUUAUUGAGAUCAUGUUACAACAGAAGUUUGGAGGUGUUGACUGAGAAUAAUCUCAGGACCAUUGCAUUCCCUUGCAUUUCGACGGGAAUCUACG